AUGAAAAACUUUUUCAAGGAAAUUUCCAAAGCUUCAAAGUAAUAAUCGAAAUUGCUCAGUUACUCUGAGAAGUAACUUUCCUUGAUGAGAGAUCUACGAUAAUCUAACUACUUUAGAGCUCUUACUGGGAAAGAAUAAGAGGCUAUAUCAAUCUAAGAUAACAGAGAUUUAUCAAAUUCCAACCCUAAUAAUAAUGUAAUAAUUGUUAGUGAGCAUUCCUCAAAUGAUGUCAAAUACUCAAAGAUAUUAGAUGAAGAGGAGCCUUUCUUGAGAUCACAUGAGGCAACUGAUGUUGGUGUAUUCGAUUUAACAAGUUCGAUAUCAGAAAUGAGCAAAACUCUUGCUGUUUGUUCUAAUUUUUCAAAGCUCAUUAUAGAUCCUGCUUAGCCUAUUUUGAGUUAGAGAUUAGUAAGAGAAUACUACAGAGAAGAAGAAUAGUCUGGAGUAAAAAUUCCUAUCUCUAUAAAUCAUCAAGGUUAUAGGCUGUUUGAUAGACUCGAGACUUACUAUCUGGAAUAUCAUAAAAUACUUCUUGAUGUUUUGGAAUUCAUUCAACCAAAUAUAGUUCUAAAUAUUCAUACUCAUGAUCCAGAUUUGUCUUAAACAGACCUUGAUGCUUUAAUAUAUACUCCCGAAGAUGAUUCUAAAUUCACUAAUGAAAUAAUCUAAUCACUUGAAAAGCUAAAUUUAAAAACUCUAAUUAAGAAAAAACUAAGAUAAAAUGACCAUUAAUUUUGUAGUCCUGUUUUAUUUGAAAACUUGAUCUAUUAUUACCAAGAUAAAACUCUGGAUGGAUGUUAUAUAUCCCUAAAUAGCAAUAAGCUCCUCUUUGAAAAGGAUUUUAGAGAUGGUAUAUGUGACAGCAUAUCAGAAGUUAUAAGAAAAUAGAGCAAAUUGUGA